AUGGGAGAUGCAAUAUUUGAGUACAGCAAACAAGUGAAGGAUUUGGGGGACAGGUUGCUCGAGCUGCUCUCCGAGUCCCUUGGACUCAAACCGAGCUACUUGACAGACAUAGAGUGCAACCAGGGACAGAUUAUACUUGGGCACUACUACCCUCCAUGCCCCGAGCCUGAAGUCGCCAUUGGGACGAGCCGGCAUUCAGACUCUGGCUUCCUGACUAUACUACUGCAGGACGGAGUUGGCGGCCUCCAGAUCCUCCAUGACGACCAGUGGGUCGACGUUACACCGACACCUGGAGCAUUCAUCGUCAACAGAGGCGAUCUCCUGCAGUUGAUCUCUAACGACAAGUUUAGCAGCGUCGAGCAUAGAGUGGUAGCAAAGAAUGCUGAACCAAGAGUUUCUAUCGUGUUCUUUUUCAACACUCGUUUCCAUCCAGCUUCGACAAGAAUGUAUGGCCCAAUCAAGGAGCUGCUGUCCGAGGAGAACCCUCCUUUGUACAAGGAAACCCUCGUCAGAGAGUUUUAUGCAUGUUACCACUCUAUUGGCUUGGAUGGCAAGCAGAAGAGUGCUCUAGCUAAUUUCAGGUUGUGA